CAAUUUCCAAGUAGACGAAGGUAGCGCAACUUCUCCUUCUUCUAAAGUUGACACCUCUGUAAGCAAGGCGUGCGAGGACUCGUCAAGUAUAGUGUUAACGGCAGAAGAGAAGUUAGAACUGCCUUUUAUGCCGGUUCUAGGAUGGAAGACCGAGCAGGAACCUGGGAGUGAAAGUGCAGCUUCGUCGUUUAGUGCAGAAGAGGCAUCACCUGCAGCAAGACGGUCGCAAACAAGCAGUUCUUAUUCGGUCACAGUCACACCACCGGUUGUAGGUGCUUCUCCUGAAAUACCAGUUGAUGGUGACUUCGCUCUCGUUGCCGGGCGUACGUGGAAGUCGCUGAGACAAGUUGACGACGCAAGACGGGCACAGAAAAAGCGAGAUGAGCAAGAUCCAAUCUCCUGCCUAUCUGGCGCCAUCAGUUCCUUCAUGACUUCUGUCAUAACCUGUAGAACGGCAGACGGAGGCCUGCCAACAUGCUGUCGACCGGUUAAUCCGUUUCUAGAACAAGGAAAUGAAAAUAGUCGCUACCAACGUCCAGAUGAACGUCCAGUAGUACCAUUCGUUAUGUACAAGACCGCCGACACGCGAACACGGAAAAGCCAGGAUCUUCUGUACUUCGUGCACGAUUUGAGCCGUCACUUUCAGUCAGCCUUACAGUUAAGGGUUUCCGAAUUACAUUCCUCACUACCAUCCUUGGCUCCUUUUCAAGGGGGAAAUAUUAUGUCAAGGAUGUUCUGAAGAAUGCAACUCGGCAACCUCUAAUACAGGAUGCAAAGCACUCGCCAGAGGGGUCAAGCAUACUCGCGCAGGUGGACGAGACAGACCCAGAAUUGUUGGGGAUAUUAUGCUGGGGUUCCUUUGCUGUGGAAAAUUGUUAUUCUUGUUUGCUUUAGACUGGUGAAUCACGCUCAUGGCGUUUGAAUGUACUGUAUCAAUCUAUUAAUUGUUUGAUGGCACAGGCCACUUUCACUGAGUUUUGAUGUUUUCAGAAACACACAGUCGUGUCAAAAAUUUUUUACUCGUCAGAAUUGCCAUCUUUCUAACUCUGGAGGCUCCUGAAGCCUACAGAGUGAAAAGCGAGCUUAAGCAGAUAUCGGAGCGAGUGCAGAAUCGAUUGAGACUGCAACAUCGCAUGCUCUCUCUUUUAGAUCACUUGUUUCUGCAGGCUGUGGAAGCACUGGCGUCGUUGCAAGAGGAGUUGCCUCCGCAAACAGCUAAUGCUGCGGCUUUAGGAUUGCUUGUUGCGGGAGUCGAUGUCGACGAACAAGGUGGCUAUGCUUCAGCAGUUGUGGAACAGUCGAAAGCAGAACAGCCAGUGGCUUGUUCGUCGUUUUCCUCACAAUCUAGUGUCCUGAAACCUAGUGAGGAAACAGUAGUUGCAGGUGAAGACCUUUACUGGAUUUCGCAUAAUGAUUUGAAAUUGGAAAAUCUUCUUGUGUCUGAACCAACGUGCCCUGAGGCGAUCCAUCAGUUUUUAAGUGGUGAUAUGAGCGGGAUUUGUUCUCGUUCUAUGCAGACGAGUUUGGUGGACUCUUCCGACGCAGCAGGAGACGAAGGAUUGGCAGCACAGACUGAUGGCAAUGUUGGAGUAAGUCAGUUACUUUCGAGGAAAAGACGCGGCAUGGAAGAAGGACAAUUACAGCAGGAUCAAGUUGUACAAGGAUCGAUAGAAGCUCCACUCAUGCUUCCACCAGCUGCUUUAGUACCAGUGUCCUCUUCAAAAGCAGUACAUCAACCAGUACUGGAUGCAAAACCUUCAUCAAACACAGAGCAAAGUGAAGAUUCUUCUGCCGGUUCUCCUGGGGCAGCUUGGUCUGAAGCCAGAGAAGAAGCAAGUCCAAUGAACGGGCCUCCACGACAGACUGUGCGAGACGCUGGCUCCCGUACACACCAACAUCCAGUUCAUGACAACGAUGAGGGUAACAAAAGCAGAAAAGCACGAAAGAAGGAUUUUCCUCCUGUUCCACAGUUUCCUACGGCGAAAAGAACUGGCUAUGAAGAUGCCUCCUCAUCUUCCGCAUGUACACCUUCAACUUGUGGGAGUAUAGGCCGCGGAAGUCCUACUUGUGUGACUGGAAGGCCCUCACUCUCAACGCUGUUACCAUCUGCGGCGUCGCUUGCGACUCGAUCAGAGCCUCAGUCUCCAGUUGUAGUUAGGCGGAGGAGGAGCCUUGGUGAAGAUAGUAAAGAUAAUACCGCGGGACGAGAAAGAAGCCGUGGUGGAGCAAGUGUUGCGCUAGAUUGUGGCAAGGACGCUCAACAGCGACAGUCCGAAGUUGAUGAACAAAAAGAACAGUAUGCUCCGGCAUUGUCUCAGGGCCAGCUUUUAACUCGAGCGCUUUCCACCUGGCAACUAAAAAUGAUUGAUUUUGGCUUUUCACGUCUCCACCAUGCACAUAUUCCUAGUACAGGGACGAACACAGGAGCAACAGCAACUGCAACGCUGAAAGGAAAGUUAUCCCCAGCACUCUCGUCCCUUCCGAGUUCUUCAUCGUCGGAGCACCAUCCACUGUACCAUUUGCCAGGUGGAGGCGUGGGUGAAGAAAUGACGCUGGUUGGUACACCGAUGUACGUUGCCCCAGAAGGAAACGAGAAGCGCAAUAGCGACACAUGGGCCCUCGCAGUAGCAGUGAUACGAGCUUACUCGAGUCUGUGCCAUUCUCAAAUGUACAGCAACAUUUUCAACGACGAAGCAAAAGUGGCCACAGCACUUCAUCAAAGAGCAUCCGGCCGCGGUAAUAGAAGUGGUGCAGUAUUUGCGAGAAUCGCUGAGAAGGCCCAGGCGCAGGCACUGGCUGAACGAAGAGUUAAGGCAAGCAAGGCUAAACAACAUUUCCAAAUCUGUCAAAAGAAGACUAUGCAUUGGAUUCAAAAACCAACCACUGUCGAGGCAUCCUCUAAGAAGCCAAGUCGAGGCAUCCUCUAAGAAGUAGUGACAGCCAAGUAGUACUACAGCAGGCCUUUUAAUUAUAUUUUUUCCUGAUUUUCGCUUGCCUUACUAAGUAGCUAACUUCCGCCGAGGGGCGGCUGCCAAAUGGGCUGUCGGGUUGUCUGAAUUUAUACUAUGUAUUAUAGAUGAUUCAAAACCAGGUGUAGUGACAGCCAAGUUGAGGCAUCCUCUAAGAACCCAGCUGUACUCCACGAAGCGGCACGCAAUCUUUCGGUGCGAAGAGCAAAACUCCUUGUAGGCAUAAUGAAAUCCCGUCGUGAGUUGAUGCGGUGGGAGGACGCUCGGCGUGAUCUUUUGGCCACUUGCACACGUGGCACUAUGGGUUUACGUGAGUAUCAUUUACGAUGUGACAGUGGAGAGUGACAGUGGAGAUGUCGAUGGUGUAGAAGUUGUCAUUUCAGUUACUCUAAAUGCAUUCUCCUUUACCUGGUAAGUUGUACCCCUUAAUCUCGUUUCUCUAAUUCGUCAAAAAAAGCCUUUGCUUGACGAAAAAAUAGAAAAGGUGGAGAAGGAAUUGCAAAAGGCGGAACAGCGGCACAGAAGUCUACGAAUGGCGAUGUCGCAGUCUCAAAGAUCGUGGCACACGAACGUUCGAGAGACAUUUGAGCCCCUUGGUCUCGAGGCGUCGCUCGAUGUCGCCGCUUUUUCACUAGGCUUGGGUGAGAGAGAGAAAGGAAUGAAUGCCGAAGUUCUCACAGAUUUGAGGGAGAUGUUCUUUUUUGAAGCAGUCGAAGUAGAUGACAAAUUCAUUCAGGAGCUCUUUCAGGCUGUGGCAAGCAGCAGAGUCGCAGAAGAAACGCCAGGACUAUGUCUUUCCCGAGACCCAAUACCAGAGCGAGCCAAACUGAGACUCGAGGUCAUGCGGGGAAUGUUGUUAUGAAAGUGAAAAGCGUUUUUUACAAAAGAAAGAAACAAUUUGCAUUCUGAACCCUAAACCCGAAAUAGAUACUAGUCAGAAAUUAUACCCCACGGCUGGGCACCACUACUACUCCUACUACGAGUCCUAUUACGACACUACUACGGAACUACUACGAUACUACUACGAUACUACUACGAUACUACUACGAUACUACUACGAUACUACUACGAUACUACUACGAUACUACUACGAUACUUCUACGAUACUACUACGAUACUACUACGAUACUACUACGAUACUACUACGAUACUACUACGAUACUACUACGAAACCACUACGAAACCACUACGAAACCACUACGAAACCACUACGAAACCACUACGAAACCACUACGAAACCACUACGAAACCACUACGAAACCACUACGAUACUACUUCUACGACACUACUCCGACUACUGCUACUACGACCUACUACCUACGGCCUACUAAUAUUACUAUUCCUACUACUACUAGUCCUACUACCGACGUGGGUUCGAUUUGCAAGACUGGCAAGAAAACUAUUUUCCUCUAACCCGCACCGUGAAUCCUGGAGACCGCAUGACAGCCGCUCAGGCUGCCGAAAGGAUGCAGAAAGUGGCUCAGUUGGCCGAAACUGAUGAGAAGGGCUGGAACAUGAAUUUGGAUCCACUUUUCGAAGUAUCAACGGGAUUGAUGGAAUAGUGCCCUUCACAUUACAACCUUAUUCCCUGCGUUUCUCAAACGACCUCAAGGUGGUAUUUCGAUAGGAGUACUGAUGUGGUCAGUGAGACCCUCUUUGGUUUACAUUAUCACUUAUGAUCUUGCCCUCACACUGAUAGUAUCUACCCCAGAUACAGUUUGAUUGCGGGUAGAUUCUCGUUCUACUUCUAUUGCCACUUGCAAUGCUCGUUGCGUAAUGAUAUUAUCUCUAAACGCUGAUUUGCUAUUAUUGUGGAUGUCAUAGAUUUCAAAGUCGAUGCUGAUCUCUUACGCUUACUUUUUGAGAAUAUCGUAACUCGUGUCUAGUUCUUGAGCUACUGUUUCUAUCUUGACCUCGAGAGGUUCGGUAUAUCUAUAACCUUUGAGUUGUAUCUCCAAGAUCAAAUGCAACUUUUGGCUGUCCCACUUGUUGAUGUCUCUGCGGCGCCGUCGUCUCAGAAAUUAUAGUCGUGAAGCACAGCGGCUGAGCCGAGACUUAGAGACGCAACAGGAGAUGGAAGAUGAUGUGCUCGCUGUGAUCAUCCGUCCGAGAAGAUUUCCUUCGCUCGUUCUUUUUGAAAUCUGUUGUCCGGGAAGAAACGCACUGUGACUAAAAAAGUUUGGCAAAACGAAAAUGGGCGUUUCCAGUAUCGUUCACAGAAUUGGCCUUGGGGCAAUGAUG